AUGGGUCUCCUAGCACUUGGAACGGCCUUGGAUUGGCCAGAUGCCAAAAAGCAGGCCAAUCUUGUCAGGUCAUGGGGUAUCAAGGUCCGUUCAGACUUUAUGUUGUCCCUCCUGCCUUCCGUGAAGGCUGGGAAAGCGAAUGAUGCAAUGGAGAUCAGGCUGACACCGUUUCCGCAGCAACUUCUUGAGAUAUGGAACAAAGCCAAGGGCAAAGAGCGUGAUGCGAUGCUCUGGGGUGAUGAGGUUGAGUAUCUGGUUGUGGUUUAUUCUAAGGAAAGCCCCAAGGUGUUGUUAUCCUUGAGGCAAGCAGACAUUCUGAAAGCUCUGGAGAACAUCAAAGAUGUGCCCGAGAAAGCUGCGGAUGGGCAGUCCACACGGUCACCCCCAGUCUUCCACCCUGAAUUCGGCCGGUUUAUGCUCGAGGCUACCCCUGGGAAGCCAUGGGGAAUCGAGUUCAGAGAACUACUGGAAGUCGAGCCGAACAUGAAGGCCAGGAGGAGGAUUGCCAAAGCACACAUGUUGCCAAACGAGUAUCCAAUCACCCUAACGACCUUCCCGAGACUCGGUGUCCCGGGGGUCUUCACGGAACCGUUCUACCCAGUCUCAGGCCCCAAACUAAGGUCACAAUUCGUCCCUGACGAGAUCGCCAACCCUCACAUUCGCUUCCCGACACUCGCUGCAAAUAUCAGGGCUCGCAGAGGCCGCAAGGUGCAGGUGAAUGUGCCUGUCUUCCGCGAUGAGAAGACACCUUGGCCAUGGAAGGACCCGACUGUUAACUAUGACUUGCACAAUUGGCCCGAGGACGACGAUGUACGCAACGGUGCGGCUCCGGAUAACUAUAUUCAUAUGGAUGCGAUGGCUUUUGGUAUGGGUAGCUGCUGCCUGCAGAUCACUUUUCAGGCCAAGAACAUUACCGAAGGUCGCCAGAUGUACGACCAAUUGAGCCCUCUGGGUCCCAUCAUGCUGGCCUUGACUGCUGCCACUCCUAUUUACAAGGGAUUUUUGGCCGAUACAGAUGUCAGGUGGAAUCAGAUCAGCAAAGCUGUUGAUGACCGGACUCCUGAAGAGCUAGGCGAGAAGCCCCUGAAGAAUGACCGCUGGCGGAUUCCCAAGUCUCGCUACGCCUCUAACUCGACAUACAUCUCUGAAGACCCGAGGCUGCGCCCCGAGUAUCUGGAUCCCGAUCUCGUUAUUGAUGAGUCUAUCAAGCAGCAGCUCCUGGACGGCGGCAUGGACGACCGGCUGGCCACUCAUUUCGCCCAUCUUUUCAUUCGUGAUCCCAUUGUCAUCUUCUCUGAGGACCUCCAGGAACUCGACUUGACUAAGACAGACCAUUUUGAGAACAUUCAAAGCACAAACUGGCAGCACAUGCGCUUCAAGCCCCCACCUGCCGACAAUAAUAUCGGCUGGCGUGUCGAGUUCCGGCCCAUGGAGAUCCAAAUCACCGACUUCGAGAACGCAGCCUUUGCUGUCUUCAUCGUUCUUGUUACUCGUGUCAUUCUCAGCUUUGGCCUUAACUUCUACAUCCCUAUCAGAAAGGUUGACGAGAACAUGGAGACUGCUCAUGCCCGCGACGCUGUGCUGACUCGCAGAUUCCAUUUCCGGCGCAACCUGUUCCCUCCCUCACGGCCAUCUCGCUCGGCCUCCUCCCGGUCUGGUUCGGGAACCUCAACACCAAUGUCUACGUCUUCUGGUUCGAGCACUCCCGCUGCUCCGGUUGAGUCUGAGUACCGCCUGAUGACCAUCAACGAGAUCAUCAACGGCACUGCCUACGCUCGGGCAAACUCUCAAUACCAGAGACAGCAGCCUGACCUUCAACAAGACGACUACGACCACUCUGAUUACCUUGAGGAGGAGGACUUCCCUGGUCUGAUCCCCCUCGUUGAGUCAUACCUCGACUCGGUCAAUGUCGACGUUACGACCCGGUGCCAGCUGGCGCGGUACUUGGACCUGAUUCGCAAGCGUGCCUCAGGAGAGCUGUGGACCGCGGCCCACUGGAUCAGAGAGUUCGUGGCGAGACAUCCAAGGUAUGAAAAGGAUAGUGUUGUUGGUGAAGAGAUCGCAAAGGAUCUUGUGGGAGCUGUUGUGGCUAUAGGAGAGGGUAAGGGGGAGAGCGUGUGGGGAGUGGACAAGUUCUUGGGGAGGUUUGUUCCUAAGGAUCCUAUCCAUUAA